AUGGACUUGUUCAGGUCCAUAUCUCCUCAAACUAUGCUUGAGCUUGAGCUUCAGCUUUCUGGGCUUUCGUCAGAGCACUGGGAAGCGGCAAGCGCGACACCAAUCCAUGAACAAGAUGUCUCUGAUUCAGAGGUUGAAUCAGAGGCUUCACAGAUUUCAGAUGCUUCUCAGUCACCGGCGCCUGCUGCCUCCAAACAACCAACGCCUGAAGAAGAAGAAGCAGAGGAGGAUGAGGUAGAAGAGGAAGAAGAGGAAGAGGAAGAAGCAGAAGAUUCUUACUUCACGGGCGAUCUAGCGAAAAACCAGCGAAGAGAACUCAAAUCCCAGUUCUUGGGCACUGUUGAUAUUACAUUCGACUCUCAGGAUGAAAACAUGCGCACCCAAAGCAGCGUGUUGCCAGGAGAUUUCUACCGGACAUUCUACGAAACCUCAGCCACUCUGAGUCGCUAUGUGAAUGUCGAUACCCACGUGAAGCAUCGUAAAAGGAAGGAUCUCAAGAUAAAUGAUCGCAACGCCUUCCAGGCUGUUGCGGAGGAAAUCGAGAGGCACCUGGUAUGGAAUCAAAAGAAGAUUCCAUCCGCAUAUAUAUCAGUUUUCAAUGAUAUCGGCCAUACAGAGAGACGGGCGAAUUUUCAUUACGAUAGAAGUCAGCGCAUCGGACAGCGUGUAAGUAUUGCCAGGAUACAUACUAAGGGCCUUAUUCCUGCCACUAUACGGGGAUUGUGCGAGACAACUGUCAAAGUUUUCACCAAAAUUCCCCCACUGGGGGAGAGGGUAAAAAUUAAAAAGUAUUCUCGACAGGUCGACAUUCCUGUAUGGAUUCAUAAGAAAGCAAUGGAUCGAUACGGCAGGACAAUCACACCUGAGCAGUUGAAGAAAUCCGGCGCGGAUAUGUGGAUGUCCAUCACAGAAAUUCGCAAGUCGAACCUCAAGGUGGCGGGCCCUAAAUUCACUAAGACCAGAGAUGUGAUAUGCGCUAAAGGACACGACUACGAGUGGCUCUGUUGCGGUGGUAUUCUCAACUCGAGAGUUACAGGAGUUUGGCCCUGGGAUGGCAAGCAAAGCCACAUGAUUGAUUCUGGCUCUCCGAUCCAAAGUAUUGAACAUAGUGGCCAGCCCUGGGUAUGGGAUUGGAACAAGAAGAUGUGGCUCCCGGACUUGUUCUCAGCUUCUGGAGCUGCUGCUCAGAGUGAGGGUUCCAACACCAAGCGUCAGCGUACUGAUGAUGAGACGACCUAUGACAAGAAUAAAAAGAAAAAGACAACAGCUUCACUUACGAUUACCCCCCAAAGAAAUGAAUUAGUUAAUAGCCCCACAUCUCAAUUCCCCUACUCAUGGAAUAUAGUGUCUAAGCAAGAGAAAAAUCCUAUCUACUAA